AUGAGACCAUCUCCUUCAUAUCGACCUUGUUACAUGAACCUCCGAGUCGGUGUAGUUUGGACGACUAAUCUAAACCUGGUCCGUGCGUCGAACGCGAAAAUGCCGCGUCGCGCACUCGUACUUCGAGAUGUUCUCCGAUAUAUCACGAAUCGACGUCCGAUCGUGCACAGCGUUCAUUUAAGCUACGAGUAUCUGUUUGUUGGAAACUCGUCUACACCCGGUCUUGGGUAUCACAUUCGUUUACCCUUUGUCCCCAGCGCAACUUGA